GAUCUAUUCGCGCGAACUACUUCAACCUUUUACUCCAACACUUUUUUAAAAUAUUACCACUAACUACAUAACUCACCAUGGUCACCGCAUACUACCACGACGACAAGGAUACCCCCGAGAACUUCACCGACGCACACAACUCAGGUGAACCUGUGUCCCUUGCUGAACUUGAAAAGAUUGGAGUCUUGUACUACAAUGUGAAAACCACCGAAGAGUUGGACUCCCUUGCUUCCAAGCGUAACUACAAGAACAGAGACGUUGUCAACCUUAACUUGGCUGCCUUCAACAAUGAUAUCGAGGCCUACACUGCCAAAAUGAAGCAAUUCUACAAGGAACACUACCAUGAGGAUGAGGAAAUUAGAUAUAUUGUCGAGGGUGAAGGUUACUUUGACGUCAGAAACAAAGAUGACCGUUGGAUUCGUACCCGUUUACAACCUAACGAUCUCCUUAUCUUGCCUGCUGGAAUCUACCACCGUUUCACCUUAACGAGUGAGCUUAAGCAAGUCAAGGCCGUACGACUCUUCCAGGACGAGCCAAAAUGGGAGGCUAUCAACCGUGAUUUGGGCAAGAACAGUGCUGCUCGUACAGAAUACUUGGAAACCAUUUCUGCUUAGUUAAUUAUUCUUCUUCUUCUUCUCCUUCUUGUCUUAUUAAAUAUAUGAAAUGAAUUUA